GACCACACUUGGGAAGGCUUCGGGACGAAACUAUAUACAGGAACUCAUCAUAGGAUACUUAGGAUGGCUUUUUGGUUCAUCUUCGUGUUCCUUACCCAGGCAUGGUCUAUGCCUCAGACAUGCCAGCUUGAUGGCAAUCUCAUUAGAACAAGCCACAACCUGCUAAAAGACGCGGGAGGACAUUUCCCUCUUCAGUGCAUCAAGGAGAAUGUUUUGAUUAUGUUUCCAUCUUCUGCUUUUGAGUCUAACGGGACAAUUGAGCAAGAGACAGGCGUCAAAAUGGCCAUCUAUGAAACCUUGAGAAGCCUCAGUCUGGUGCUUGAAGAUGGAGACCUGCCAACGAAAUGGGAUGAAAAGAUAAUGGACGACUUUCAGAACAUUGUCUAUCGUCAGGUUGACAGUUUCAGUAAAUGUACGAUGAGUAGCAAACCCAAUGAUGUGGAUAUGAACACGGAUUUCUCUGACAGGGCGACGGCACUGAAGAGCUACUUCGAUAAAAUUACUUCUCUUUUACAGGAAAAGAGUUUCAGUUUUUGUGCCUGGGAAAUUGUCCGGAAAGAACUAGUGCGGACCUUGCACUUCAUCCUGGACCACCGCUCUGACAUGCUGCGUUGGCCAAGAAGACUAUAAAACGGAAUGCUGAAUGUUUACUUCUUCCACUUCCACCAUGCAUAUUUUGCCUUGUAUCGGUUCAAAUCUGAGUAGAGUUAAUUAUUUAUUUAUUUAUUUAUUUAAAGAACAGUAUUCCUGAAAUUAAAAUGACAUUUUCUCCACUUUUGUAUGUUUUAUACGCAUAUACAGCAAACAUAUUUUCCAAUAAAUACAGUAUUGAUGUUAUUAUA